GGCGGGCAGUCCAGCCCGUUACCGUAGUCGAAACAGUUAGCAAUUCCCCGACAGUGUGCGGACAACAGCAACGUUAUGAGGAGCUAGGCCACUGGCACACACAACCCUCCGACAAUUCUUCUCCGAGAGAAAGCCCCCCUCCCGUAGUGUAGUGUAAUCGUAAUCAGAGCUAAAAGGUGAAACUAGAACUAGAUAACAAUGCUGAACACAUUCAGCUCGGUGAGGCAGUACCUCAAGUUCGAUAUUACGCGUGUGAUCAUAGACAAUAUUGUCUUCAAGCUGCACUAUCGCUGGACCUUUGUGAUCCUGCUGGUGGCCACACUGCUGAUCACAUCCCGCCAGUACAUUGGCGAGCAUAUUCAGUGUAUAUCCGAUGCUGUGAUUGCACCAGUGAUCAAUACAUUUUGUUUCUUUACGCCCACUUUUACUGUGGUGAAGCACUACAACAACACAGCCCUGAAGAAUGGUGAAAUCUUCUCGCCUGGCAUCGGACCAUUCAAUCAAAACGAGGAUAAAAUCAAGCGGCAUGGCUACUAUCAGUGGGUGCCGUUUGUGUUGUUUUUCCAGGCUCUCUGCUUCUAUGUGCCGCACUUUCUGUGGAAGAAGUGGGAGGGUGGACGGGUCAAGGCCUUGGUCUUUGGCCUGCGUAUGGUGGGUCUCACCAAGUACCUCAAGAACGAUAGUUUGCGGAUUGGCAAACUGAAUAUACCCUCGAUGGCGGAGGCGGAUGAGCGGAUAAAGGAUAUUCGUCGCACAAUGAUCGAUCGCAUGCGCUUGAAUCAGUCGUGGGGUGCACAUUUGGUAUUUGCCGAGGUGCUCAAUUUGGUGAAUCUGCUGCUGCAGAUCACCUGGACGAAUCGCUUUCUGGCCGGAGAGUUUCUCACACUCGGCCCAAAGGCACUCCAUUCGCGAUGGGUGGACGAGAUGAAUGCUCUGGAUAUAGUUUUCCCCAAGGUGACCAAGUGCAAGUUCUUCAAGUUUGGCGCCUCCGGAUCAUUGCAGGAGCACGAUACCCUCUGUGUGAUGGCCCUGAACAUCAUGAAUGAGAAGAUCUAUGUGAUAUUGUGGUUCUGGUAUGCCUUCCUGCUGAUUGUCACCGUUCUGGGUCUCAUCUGGCGCCUGCUAACGCUGUUCUUUUACAAAAACUUGACCUUCACCCGCUGGUCCCUGUAUUGGGCCAAGCCGGGUAGAGUGGACGAGAACGAGAUCUCAGCGGUGAUCGACAAGUGCAACUUCUCCAACUGGAUGUUCCUCUUCUUUCUGCGCACCAACCUGUCCGAGUUCCUGUUCAAGAAGAUCAUCUAUCAUCUGGCCAGCGAGUUCCCCGAUCCCGAUCGCGACAAUGACAUCAAUGCCUAUCGCGAUCGAGUGCCCCACUAUCCCGACAUCAGUGGCCUGGACACAACGGACUCUCCCCUGCUGCAUUUGCGUCAUCCAUCCACGGCUCCCCAUCAGCAGCCAUCGACGUCAGGGAUAAACACCAAACAGCCCGUCUAAACCCGAAACCGAAUCCGAAACCAAAAUAAUUUAUUCAUUUCGAUUAAAGCU